GAGUUCCGGGUGCGUGGCGAUAGCUGCGGAGGAAGAGGACGUCUGGGUGCGAGCUGGGGAGGUUGAGCCGCGAUGUUCCGGAUCGAAGGCCUCGCUCCGAAGCUGGACCCGGAGGAGAUGAAACGCAAGAUGCGUGAGGAUGUGCUCUCCUCCAUACGGAAUUUCCUCAUCUACGUGGCCCUGCUGCGAGUCACUCCAUUUAUCUUGAAGAAAUUGGACAGCAUAUGAGGAUGGGCAGUUGCAUGAAAAUACAUGACAUGAGGAACGUGGCUACAGUUUCUACCCUGUCCUUAAUGAAUUGGCCCAGAAAGGUGUAAGAACUGCUUGAAUGGACAAAAAAUUCUACUUGCAAGAACAAGUAGGGCUGUGGUGACUGGCCUUCAUAGCUAAAAUAUCAAUAAUUUGGGAAGUACAGAAAGAUGUUGGGUGCCCUUAUUCCUGUGAUACUUGGCCUCUGUGAGUGUUGAUAUAACUGUAAAUGAUGUCUGACUCCACUUUCUGGCCAGUGUGAUUUUAAGGGGAUUGUGUCUGGAUCAAUAUUGUCUCCACAGUCGCUUCUGUCUACAUGUGACUUCUGUGCAGAGUGUAUUUGUAAAGAUGAGUUUUAUGGAAGUCAGAACACACAGUGACUCAGAAGCACAGAACCAUUAGUCUAUAUUUUUAAUAAACAUACCAAUGCAGAAAA